AUGCAGAACUGCCAUAAAAUUGGCUGUGGAACAGCUAUGUUUUUCCGAACCUACCAAGCAAUGCUCAAUCAUCUCAGACCUUUGUUCAUAACAGCAAACUUCGGGGGUGUUCCUAUUCCCGAAGUAAUGGUAGAUGAAGGUGCAGUCAUUAAUCUUCUACCUCACAGAUUGCUGAUCAAGAUGGGCAGAACAGAGAAGGAUCUAAUUCCAACAGGCUUAAUAGUCACCAACUUCGCUGGGGGCAUCACGAAGACUCAUGAUAUUAGAUGUGGACGUCAUAACACCACAUCUACCACUUACAAUGCACUGCUUGGUAGAGACUGGAUCCACCAGAGUCUAUGUGUUCCUUCCACUCUACACAAGCAGUUGGCCCUCUGGCAUGAAGGGGGUUUGAUGGAAAUUGUGGAGGCCGACCCACGACCAUUUCUGCCAUCUGCAUUAUGUUUUGAGGCCAGAAUGGCCGUCCCCAUGGUCACAGCCCAAAAACUCAUUGAAGAAGGUCUGGCUGGUUCUCUAGAGGACUGGAAUAGACCCUGCGUUCUCAACCUCCACAAUUUUGAUGUUUAG